AUGGAGAGAUUUCUGAACUCCAAAGGCCUCCGCCCUGUGAUCCUUCCAAAAGACUUAUGGGAUAGGUUCCUGCUUUCUGCCAAAAACAACACAAAAAAAGGAGUGGAAACAUGUGGAGUCUUAUGUGGUACCCUGGAAAAGGAAGAAUACCACAUCAGUCAUGUUAUAAUCCCUGUGCAGAAGGGAACGUCUAAUUACUGUUGUAUGGAGAACGAGGAGGAACUCCUUUUUGUUCAAGAAGAGCUGGGGCUUCUCACCUUAGGUUGGAUUCAUACCCAUCCAACCCAGACAGCCUUCUUGUCGAGUGUGGAUUUACACACUCAUUUUUGCUACCAGAAGAUGCUCCCAGAAUCCAUUGCAGUGGUGUGUGCACCCAAAUAUAAACAAGUUGGAAUUUUUACAUUAACAUCUUAUGGAUUAAAAGUAAUAGAAUUCUGUCCCAAGAGAGGAUUUCAUUCUCAUAAUCAGGACUCAGCUCUCUUCUGUGACUGCAGUCACGUCACCAUCCAAAACAGCCUGGUGACUGUCACAGAUUUGCGAUGAGUUAGAUCCCACACACCUACAUCAGUGGGAGCGUGUGUGUGUGUGUGUGUGUGUGUGUGUGUGUGUGUGUGUGUGUGUGUAUUGUGCAUGUGUAUUUUGUGUAUAUGUGAGUGAAUGUAGGAUGGUGUAUGUGUAUAUGUAUAUGUGUUCAACCUAUGUUGUGUAUGUUACAUCUGUUUCAUGUAUGUUACAUCUUUGUCAUUUAUGUUCACUGGUGUGUAUGAAUGGCACACUGUACUCAUUCACAGAGCCCAGAGGAAGACACUGAUGUGUGCUCUAUUAAUGAAUUAGAAUAGUAUAUCAGUCAUUCAUAAUGACUAGAAAUUGAUUUUAUUAUAUAGUUUACUUGUUAUUAGUUUUAGAUGAUAUUUUCUGGCCAGGGUCCAGUAUAGGAAUAAGGGCCCAAUGCACGCACUUGCUGGCUUGCCUCACCUGCCACAGGGAGCCUAGAGGACAGGUUGUAAUACCAAUGCUCACUAACCAACUGAAGAAAAAUGAAGGUCUCUGUGGUGGUAUUUUACUUGUACUGAAAUGUGAUUUUAAUUUUAUGUUAAUAAAUAAAGUUGCCUGGGGGUCAGAGUUUUAGAGCCAUAGCAAGUGCGUGGCGGUGGUGGCGUACGCCUUUAAGGACCUGGAGGGUGGUACAUACAGGCAGUGACAAGGCAGUCACGUGUUUAGUUUACAACCAAUGAGAAGGCAGAACAUCUAGACUGUUUAAAGACAUACACACAGGAAGUAGGCCCCUUUUUUUGGAGAGCUCUCUUGGCUGAAGCAGGAUAGCUGAAGCAGGAAGGGUAAGGCUCUUAGUUCUGACCUCUUGGCUUUCUUCUCUGAA